AAAAAAAAAACAAAUAAAUAUAAUAAAUGAAAAAAAAAAUAAUAGAUAAGUAAUAGAUAAAAAUUAUCUAUGUAUUUUUUUUUUUUUUUUUAAAUCCUGUGAUUGUGAUCCUAGAAAUGCAUUUGAUAAAAAAAAAGAAAAAAAAAGUCAACAAUUUAUAAGUAAAUACUUGAGUGUAAAUAAAAAAAAUAAAUAAAAAAAUAAUUUAAAAAAGAAAAGUCCAUAAUUGUUAUUGUUUAUUUUUCGUUAUAAUUUAUUUCCAAGAAUUAUGAUACAUCUGGAGCACAUUGAUUAUUGGAUUAUAUUUAUUUAAAAAUAAAAAAAAAAAAAAAGCUUAUAUUUUUAGAUAAAAUAAUCUGCAUAUAACACUUAUAAAAAUAUAAAAUGAAAAUGAAGGAAAAAUAAUUGAUAAUAAUAUUAUUUGCAUUCUACAUGCACGUGAUAUGAUAAAAAUAUAAAUAUAUAUUUUGAUAAGAUAAAAUCUAGACAAUACAAGGAAUACAAUAAAAUUCUUUGUUGGUUAUGUACACAUACUUAAUAAACGUGACUAAAAUACAAACAAAUAAAUAAUUAACACAAGAUACAGAAGCAAUAAAAGCUCAUUAAUCGCAAUGUCUAGUUGUCAGAAUUGUCCUGUAAGUAAAAUGGUUAAAAUGACAAAAAGUUUUGAUGGUGAUUCACCAAGAGAUUUAUCAAAAGAUCAAUUGUUAUCAUUGGUCAUAAGAUGUACAAAUUUUGCUGCAAUAAAACAUAGAAAACAAAGAAGACUUGAUGCUGAAUCAACACCAUAUAUUAAUCAUCCAAUUGGUGUUGCUAAUAUAUUGAUGGAAGAAGGUGGUGUUUAUGAUCCAGUUGUCAUAAUAUCAGCAUUGUUACAUGACACUGUUGAAGAUACAGACACAACAAUUGAAGAAAUUGAACGUGAAUUUGGUCCAGAAGUUAAAUUAGUUGUAUCAGAAGUUACUGAUGAUAAAUCAUUAACAAAAGAUGAACGUAAACGUUUACAAAUUGAACAUGCACCACAUAUUAGUCGUGAAGGAAAAUUAGUCAAAUUGGCUGAUAAAAUAUAUAAUCUUCGUGAUUUACGUAGAUGUACACCUAAAGAUUGGACACCAGCACGUGUUCAUGAAUAUUUUAAAUGGGCUAAAGCUGUGAUUGAAGGUUGUCGUGGAACAAACACCCAGCUUGAAGCUAUACUUGAUAAAAUAUUUGCUGAACAGCUUGAAACGUGUGAAGACUAGAAUAAUUAUUAAUUUUAACA